AAUAUUAUUGCCGUAAUACGAACGCAAAGGAUUUACGGAUUGACUUUACCUGAACGCAAAUAUUUAGUUGUAAACAAACGUGGAAGGAGAAAACAAUGCAGACUUCUACUCCUAUUUUACGGGCAUUUUCUGGCCUUAGAUUGGGAAUCUUGAGGCCAAGAUAUGCACACAGCGAUGCACUGAGUGAGAAUGACCUCGUAAACCCACAAUGUGUUAACAGAAAUCCUCGAAAUAUGGAGAUGCUGAGGUUGGCGAGGAAACCCCAAGGCUGGGGCCUGGACACUCCAGAUUGUAAUUAUUGGUACAAAUUGUUUCUAGAGUGUACUCAGCGCCAUGUAACUGCUCGUGUUGAGCAUUUCACUGGUAAGACGGUGGUCUCGGCCUCAACCAAAGAGUGGGCCAUCAAGCAGCAUCUCUUCUCCACGACAGACAUUAACGCUGUCAGGAAUGUUGGCCGUAUCAUUGCACAGCGAUGCCUGCAGUCUGGUAUUGCAGAACUUCAUACAGAAUUGCAGGGACGUGUAGAUGCAUCAGAGAAGAUAAAAUCCUUCAUGGUGGCCCUAGAAGAAGGAGGCCUCAUAACCCAUGAACCUACAACAAUAAAUGAGAGAUCGGUGCAUCCGUUACUGGCGAAGAGAAGAGAAACUCUACCCUGGACGGUUCUGGAAGAGGAAGUGCUGAAGGAAGAAGAGAAAAAGAAAGAAUAAUAAUUUCUUUUUCUUCUUGAUAAUUUGUUAAAUGUACAGCAAAGAGUGUCAAGUUGAUUACUGUAUGGAUUUUUUUUUUUUUAUUUUUUUUUUUUUAUAAAUAGUGUAAAUAUUAAAAUGAAUUCAAUGUGUCUUGGUGGUUUGAGCUAUUUCCCCAGUUUAUUUCAUCUUAUAGACAUUGCAAUGGUAAAGUGACAAGAGAACGUAUAUAUAUAUAUAUUUUUUUUUCUAUGUAAUAUAUAAAAUCUGCUUCUCACUUAUUCCUAAGGUUUCAGUAUUCAUCAAUAUAUUUAAAUAGUUUUCAUUCUUGAUGUUGCACUUUUAUAUGUGAUUCUAUGGCUUGUGUGUACAUAUAGCACUAAAUGUGUACUUCCAUUUGAAAUGAUAAUUAAUACAGCUAAUUAACCAGAAUAGUGUGUUAAAGUUAUCUUGAAACCAUUUUGAAAAAAAACUAACUUACUUUAUUGAGGAAGAUUUUAAAAAUUAACAUCUACAUGUAGAUAAACACAUAAUACUUUGAACAAAAUAUCUUUUUCUUUUGUUCUUAUAGACAUUUUUAAAAAUGUUUCUCCUUAUAGAAGAAAUGCCUAGACUCAUUGUGAAUCACAGGCUAAAGCCAGUACCUCAUUCUUCUCCCAAAAAACUUGCUGAUUUAGCAGUAACUGCCCUGGCACAUCUAUGAAAUCAUUUUGAUGAGAGUGCAUGACAAGGUAGUUUGGUAGAGAAAAAACAUUUUUUAUCAGCACUAGAGAAUAUGUGAUAUAAAGAACUGAAUAAAAUGGAUUCGUAUUUAUCUUGCAGAAAUGCAUGCACAAAAUUAUCAUUAACAAGAUGGAACACAGUAAUUAAGAGCAAGUUACACCUUAAAAGAUUUUUUGAUUUGGUAGUUUGACAGCAAAGAAAUCUUGUGGUCAUCAUUAAAGAUGCUAACGAGCUCUCAAAGAGAGCAAAAUAGCUAAAACAGAAAAAGUAGAAGUAACCAACUUAUUACUUAUGCUACAGGUGUUAAGAAUGGUGAAGGAUGAAUUUUCCUUGUUAAAAAAAAAUCUUUUUACCCUGGCAUGAAUAGCAAAAGUCAGUGUUAAGGAGCGUGUUUAUGUCAGUUUGUAGUCAGUGCACUUAGAGCCAGCAUCCUGAUCAAGAAUUUUGGAAUAAACCCAUAACGAAGAAAAGAAAAAGAAAAAAAAUGAGAGUAUUGGGCAUCAUGUUUUUCUUCUUAGGAAUCUUCAUUAUAGAAAGUAUGGUCGUGGCACAACAAGAAAUCUUUGACAGCGUUUGUAAUGAAGACCUUGGUGGAAAAUGCACAGAGAAAGAUAAUAUUUGUGGGACUCCUGAACGUGAGGACUUGUGUAGGGGGAAUUACAAGUGCUGUGUCCCUUCAGUUAUCGCACCCAUAAAUUAGCGGCAGCGACUUGUAAAGGAGGGAGAAGAAGAAAAAGAGAACAGAAGAAAGGUGUGCAGGAUAGGGUAAUGAUGAGGGUAAAGAAAAUCAAGUCAAUGUAUUUAUUCAGAUAUGCAAAGGAUGUAUAUGUUCACAAGCAAUUCAGUGUGUAUAAAUAUGACAAGAAGUAAUGAUUAUAAUUCAGUAUGAUUCAAGCUGAGAUUUGCUUAGUAUGUUGUACCUGAUUAUCCAGAAUAAUAUUCUAUGGUGCUCUCACAGUG